AUGCGCAAUCUCGAGGAGGACAUUGUUGCACUGAUGAGACGUCGUGCUUUCGACCUCGCUGCUUCCACACAGGGACGGUGUCAAGUCUUCUUGGACGGAGAUUGUCUGGGCGUCACCAGCUUCCAGGACUACGUGGAUCUUCAUGUGAAGCCCGAGAUGUUCCGCACGUGCAAGGUGGUGAAUGAUCGCUGGGAAAUCGCGAUUGGCCUGACAGAUGGCUCUGGCUUUCAGCAGGUGAGCUUCGUGAAUUCCAUCAACACCUCUCGUGGUGGCACUCAUGUGACCUACAUUGCUGACCAGGUUGUGAGCGCAAUCCUGGAUAAGAUCGGGAAGCAGAAAAGUGGAGGUACUUUGGCGGUGAAGAGCCAGCAUGUCAAAAGCUACUUGUGGAUUUUCGUGAAUUGCUUGGUGGGAACGGAUUUGAAGAGGGAUCAGCAUGGGCUUCUUGUCUAUUCUGCCGGGUAUCGAGAACCCAGCAUUCGAUUCUCAGACGAAGGAGACGCUGACGAGCAAACGAGAGAGGCUUGCCCCAUGGCUGAAGGUGCCGACCCAACCCGUGAAGAGACUUUUGCCUUCAGGUUUGGGUCCACCUGCCGCUUGCCAGAGGCAAAGCAGAAGGGUGGCGGCAAGCGCCCCCUAUCAUUGUCUCGCUUUGGGCGCUUUGAGGAUCUCUUGGAGGAUGUGGUGAGCUCCGGCAUCAUCGAAGCGCUCCAGGAGCGAUGCUCCGCGAUGACCGAGCCGCCGUGUUGGGCCUUCGCAAUCUGCUUUGCGCUCUUGCUGACAUGUCUAUGGAGUCUACGGCUCCAAGAGAAAGAUAUCGCGAAGUGCUACAGUUUGCCGAUCCGCCACACAUUCCGGUUCGUCCCGGCCGGCCAUGAUGGACUUAUGCCGGCCACGUUGUCCGUCGGUCUCCUCAGCGGGGAGACAGUGGCACUGGAGGUCAGCCCCACGCGCGUCUCCGUCGGCGACGUGCGCGAGCUUGCAGAGGACCGGCUGCACAGAAGUCUUUCCGUGCUUGUUUCUUCCUCAGGCGAGCCGCUGAACGACUCGGAGCGGGUUAGCGAGCUUGGCCUCAAACAUGGAGAUGUGGUCAGUGCGCUCGUGAGGCCGCCAUAUCCUCAAAUUUUCUCGGGGCCCUUUGCCUACGCCUUCGCGGCUGUCAUGCCGGAAGGUCACGUGGUUGCGUGGGGAGACCCCGCACGGGGGGGAGACAACAGAGCGGUGCGAGAACAGCUGCAGGAGGUUCCUAUCAUCGCCUUGGAAGCUUCUGCAGGCGCCUUUGCGGCUUUGCGCAAAGAUGGGCAAGUUGUCACCUGGGGCGGGGCUGCCUUCGGUGGUGACAGCAGCGCUGUGCAAGAUCGGUUGGUGAGCGUUCAGGCGGUGAAGGCAUCUGCCAUUGGCUUCUCUGCCGUCACUGCUGCAGGUGAUGUAGUCACCUGGGGAAGCAGCGACACUGUCGUGGCCAUGCACAUGAGUGUGGAGGUCAAGCAGCUCGUCGCCUCGACGGAUGCGUUCGCUGCGCUUACGGUUGAUGGACGAGCUUUUGCUUGGGGGAACGCCGACUACGGUGGCAGCUGCGGUGCUGUGUCUGAUCUUCUGGUGGACAUCGCUUUCUUGGCUGCCUCUGAUGGGGCUUUCGCUGCGGUCAAGCAGGACGGUGAGGUCGUUACGUGGGGCAACAGCAAUUUCGGCGGCGACUCCACGAUUCAGAACCCCGACCUGCAUGGGAUCGUUUCCAUCACUGCUUGUGGACGAGCAUUUGCUGCCGUGCGGCGCGAUGGCCAUGUCUUCACAUGGGGCGAUUCGACUCAGGGCGGUGACAGCUCCGUGCUAGCAGCUUCUCAAGUCUCUCUGCUGCGCGGAUCGGCGGGUGCUUUUGCGGCCCUCACGAUGGAAGGCCGCGUGCUGACCUGGGGCAACCAUGCGUUCGGCGGCGACUGCAGCGCAGUUGGUGAUCAAUUGACGGAGGUGGUGGACAUCGUGGCCAGCCGCCGAGCUUUCGCCGCGUUGCGCAGAGAUGGAGGAGUGGUCAGUUGGGGCUUUGCAGUCCUUGGAGGGAACAGCAAGGACGUUCAGGCUGAACUUUACGGCAUCCAAAGUCUCCACGCUUCAAGCGGUGCUUUCGCGGCAUUGCGAGGUGACGGUGGCGUCAUCGUAUGGGGUGGGCCAAGCUCUGGUGGUGACAACAGUGCUAUACGAGGACUGUUCCAGGAGACCGACGUGGACGACAAAGUCAGUGAAGUAGACUCUCCCACCAUUGCAAUUAGGGAGGAGUGGUCCAAGGCCAUGGGGAAAAACGAGUUGGCCCAGCACUUGAACCGAAGCGAUCUAGGCUUGCAGAAGCGUCUUUUCGGCGUCCCAAAGCUUGAGGAUGCCAACCUGGCCGGAACGAAGGAG